CUGUAACGGUUAACGUAGAGUUACGAAACAAGCGCACUAGCGGAACGCUUUAGCUAACGUUAUUUAGGUCUAUAGACAAGUGAUUGAGUUUGAACUAUAACGAUGUUACCACUACAAAUCUUUAAACAUCAAGGAGAGUAACGGUCAUAGGACUGCUAACUGAAAGUUGAUAUCUCGUUUCGGGGAUAUAUCAGUGAGAGUAAAAUUACCUUUAGCUCGCCUCUGCUUGGACUGGGGUCCAAUCGUUUGCUAGCUCUCUGCUGACACCAGUUCUGCUGUUGUAAAUCAGUGAAUCAGGCGAGUAGCGACAUGUCAGAGUCCGGCCACAGUCAGCCCGGGAUGUACGGGCAGGGACGCAGGAGGAGACGACGCCGGGGAGACAGAGAUGCUGGACCCCCGGGGCAAAAUCUGUCUGGUCCCAGUCGGGAUCGAGAAUACCAACCGAGAGAACGAAGGGAUGGUAGCGAGGAUCCGCCAGGCCCACUCAUUCAGAAGACCCCUAUCAUUCUUGCAAAACCCCCCGGGGAAAGGGCCAAGCCAUCGCAGAAUGCACCUGUUAGCGGAGCUGCAGUCCUGGAGAAGCCCAUCAUGCUAAUGAAAGCCAGGGAUGAUGGAGGAAAGCCGGGGACCCCUCCAGAGGCAGCAGCUCAGCCGUCCGGUCACGGGCCCUCCAAGAUAGAGAGAGAAGGGCAGCGACCUACCCAGCCUGUAUACCAGAUCCAAAACCGAGGAAUGGGCGCUUCUGCAUCGAGCAGUGCUGUGGACCCCAUGGUUGGCCAGUCUAAACUCCUCCCUCCGGAGAAGAUGAAGCACAGCAUUAAGCUUGUGGAUGAUCAGAUGAAUUGGUGUGACAGUGCCAUGGAGUAUCUGAGGGACCAGACAGACAUGUUGGUGGUGGGAGUCAUUGGCCUUCAGGGAACUGGAAAAUCUACGAUCAUGUCACUGUUAUCUGCCAACACCCCUGAGGAAGAUCAAAGGGGUUAUGUAUUCAGAGCCCAGACUCAAGAAAUCAAGGAAAGAGGAGGAAACCAAAGCACAGGGAUUGAUUUCUUCAUCACUCAGGAGAGAGUCAUCUUCUUGGAUACACAGCCAAUUCUCAGCCCAUCUAUUCUGGACCAUCUCAUCAACAAUGACCGGAAGUUACCUCCAGAGUACAACCUCCCUCACACAUACGUUGAGAUGCAGUCUCUUCAGAUCGCUGCCUUCCUGUUUACUGUGUGCCAUGUGAUUAUUGUGGUUCAAGACUGGUUCACUGACUUAAACCUCUACAGGUUUCUUCAGACUGCUGAGAUGCUGAAACCUUCCACUCCGUCUGCCAGCCAUGACAGUUCUGGUUCUUCAGGCAAUGAAGAUGGUGCAGAGUACUAUCCCCAUAUAGUGUUCCUACAGAAUAAGGCCAAACGGGAGGAUUUCUGCCCAAGGAAUCUGAAGAACAUGCAAAUGGUGGUGGACAAAUUAAUGGCCCACUCUCAUCUCAAAUACAAAGGUACAUUGUCCAUGCUAGACUGCAAUAUCUUCCCUGGCCUGGGACAGGACUACCUGUCACCUGAGGUCAACAUGUUCCUACUUCCUGUGCAAGAGAAUGACGGGGAGGAUAAUCUGACUAGAGCAGGGUCAGGAACAUACCCGCUCUUCUCCCUGCUCCCAGGGUUCAGAGGACACCCCUCCUUCUCCACCAUGGUUUCAAAACUUCGCAGCCAAAUACUGGCCAUGCCCCGCUGUCAGCUGUCACACACCAUCCUCACUGAGAAGAACUGGUUUCACUACGCAGCUCGUAUCUGGGAUGGGGUGAAAAAGUCCUCAGCGCUGUCAGAAUACAGCCGCCUGCUCUGCUAACAAGUGGUUGAACUCUUGUUAUAUACAAUAGCAGUGCAACCUCUUAUGUCCGGUUAUCAGGUCACAUAAAGAGAAAUGUGGCCCUGAAGGUGGAGGCUAUCGUUUGCACCCUACAGGAGGGACAAGUGAAACUGGAAGCUUGGUCAGUGUUGAAGAGUCGGACAUAAUGCAGGAUGACACCACUUUUCUGUAGACUUUGGAAGGAAUUAAAACCUGCAGACUCUUGUUGCACAGAAAGUCCGAAAGUUGUCUGUCCCUACGCUCAAGAAAUGUCCUGUUCAAAAGACAUAGCUGCACCCUGUGCAGGAGUGGCAAGUAAGAGCGAAAACCAUGCACAUGUCUUAAGCAAGACAUGAUAACAUUUUUAUUUGUAAGUCAUUAUUUGCUAUUUGAUAUUGUAACUACAGUUUUGAUGUAAAUGUGGGGCACACAUUUUCUGAGAUGAAAAUAUACAUAGCCUUCUUUAAGUUAUUUUUUAUUUUCUCAAAAGAGUAAUUGUCAGUUACUCAUAAAUA